CUGUCAUUUUAUAAGAAUUGGAUGUUUCCCCAAUGUACUGGGAAUCUGAUGAGCCUGUCUGUGGGUAAGGACACACUGUAAAACGAUCACAGGCUACCGAGUAAAAUCACACCAGUCUACUCACACCUACCUCUCUCUGGAUCAAAAAUGGAGGUCUGCGUCCAGUAUUUCCAGUUGUGUCAUUAUGAUUAUCUUUGCAUCAGCUCUAUAUUGCAUGCAUCAUAAAGACACCGAGGUAAUGGAAUUCUAGGAUGAUGCUUGUGUUAGUCCUGAUUUGCAUAGUCGGUCACGUGGCCUCUCAAUUGACGGUUGCACAGGUGAACGUGAUGAAAACGAGGCUAAAUCGGGCAAUCGACGAAUCGUAUGACGAACUUGAAAACACACAUCCGCUCAUAGCAGGAGCCGUGAGGUUAGCGUUCCACGAUUGUGUUGGUGGUUGUGAUGGAUGCAUUAACCACAACAAUCCAGAAAACGCAGGUCUUCGCUUCUACACAAACCAGUUAGAUUCCGUCUACGAUGCUGAAUUCUCGAGCCAACUUUCCCGUGCAGACUUCUAUGUUCUUGCCUCUAUUACGGCAGUCGAGAGAGGGGCAGAGUUUGCUAAUUGUUUACCAGAGGACGCUGACUGUACUCCUCAACUAACAUUCCGCUACGGGCGUCCAGAUUGCCCUACGUCACCAAAUACCAAUAUUGUCCAAGAAUUUCCGAACGCACGAGAAGGAGUUGGCGAUCAAAUAACCUAUUUUCAAAAUGAAUUUGGGUUCAACGUACGGGAAACUGUGGCGAUAAUUGGAGCGCAUACCUUGGGCAGGGCACAUACAGAGAACCUUGGAUGGGAAGGAAGUUGGGUCCGCAGCGCAGAUGUUUUAAAUAACGCGUUCUAUCAUGAUAUGCAAGACGCUGGUUGGCGUUGGACCCACAGAGACAACACACCAUACUUAGAUGAGAGGCAUUUCCAGUGGGAAGGUUCAGGAGGAGUCACAAUAAUGCUGAAUUCCGAUAUGGGGCUGCUGUUGGACCAAGAGCCAAAUGAAGAUGGCAGCGUCGACUGUGAUUGGUCAAAUUUUGGAGGACAUAAAACUCAAACUUGCGAGAUGGUCUUAUCAUUGGUCCUUAUAUGUACAUGUAUAGUGGGUCACGUGACGUCACAACUGACGGUUGCCCAGGUGAACGCAACGAAGGCGAGAAUCAAUGAAGCAAUCACCGAAUCGUAUGACGAACUGUUGUUUACACACCCUCUCCUCGCGGGUUCUGUAAGGUUAGCGUUCCACGAUUGUGUUGGUGGGUGUGAUGGAUGCAUCAAUCACAACAAUCCAGAAAACGCAGGUCUUCGGUUCUACACAAACACAUUAGACCCUAUCUACGACGCUGAAUUCUCAGAUCAAUUUUCCCGUGCAGAUUUCUAUGUUCUUGCUGCUAUUACUGCAGUGGAGAGAGGGGCAGAGUUUGCCAACUGUUUACCAGAGGAUGCUGACUGUACUCCUCAACUGACAUUCCGCUACGGGCGCCCAGAUUGCCCUACGUCACCAAAUACCGAUCUAGUGCUGCCAUUCCCGGACGCCCAUCGUGGAGUGGAGAAUCAAACUGCGUAUUUUCAAAGGGAAUUUGGGUUUAACGUUAGGGAAACUGUGGCAAUAAUUGGGGCGCAUACACUUGGCAGAGCGCACACUGAGAAUUCGGGAUGGGAAGGACGUUGGGUUCAGAACCCGGAUGCAUUAAACAAUGCAUUUUAUACCGAUAUGCAAGACGCCGGAUGGCGUUGGAUACAUUGGGACAACACCGAGUACUUGAACGUGAGUCAUUUUCAAUGGGAAGGCUCGAGGGGAGGAGAAGCUAUGAUGUUGAACUCCGAUAUGGGGCUGCUGUUGGACCAAGAGCCAAAUGAAGAUGGCAGCGUCGACUGUGAUUGGUCAGUUUGUCCAUUUGCUUCGACCGUUGACAUUCUGAACGAAUACGCUUUCUUGAACAACGUCUGGAUACGAGAUUUCACAGGAGCGUUCCAGAAACUUAUCGAAAACAAAAAUUCUAAUCUGGCUUUACCGACGCCUUAA